UGGUUUUAUUUUAACGAGGAACAUCGUAUAGCUUCCAAGAGACACUGUAGGACACUGAAAAAUGCGACAAUGAAUUCGAAGGAACAUUACUACACGAAUUUGUACGUCGAAAAUCCACACUAAUGCCGCUUUUGGUUUUCUAAAUUUAUUUCAGACGACGAGAACGACCGCAGAAUGGAAUAUUCCAACUUCACCUUCACUCCUUAUCCGAUUCAGUACGAAAACAGCUUCCAGGCUUCGUUUCAUUUAAAUUUCUUGCAGCCCGUAACGUGCGACGCCAUCUUUUUCCUCACCCUCUUACCGUGCGGUAAAGACAAGAACGAAGCGUUGAAAACUUUUACUUUCGGCGUAAAAUUUGUGAUGGAAGUAUUUAAGAAGUGUGCUAAAGAUAAGAACGCUUACUAUUCUUGUUUGGAAAGGGAUUACGCCAAGAAAUUGCAAAACGGAAACAACAUUCAACCGGGAAGAAUAUACGGAUGCGCCAAUUUCCCCAAAAUGUUUAAUCCGGGAUGUUACGACGUUUUCCUCGAGUUUCGACAGAAGGAAGGUAAAAAUAAUGUCGUCGAAAUAUCUUGCUACAAGUUGACAAACGUCAAGGUCGAAAAGUAAAUCAAUAAAGUUAAAAUGUUAUGCUUAUUUCAAAACUUGAAAAAUAAAGC